AUGCGAUUGUUUGAUCAUCAGGAUGCUCCACAACCAGCUGUCCCAGUUCCUUUGCAGGAGCCACUGGCCCCAUCCAGCCUGGCACAGGCCACCCCCCAGGAGCAGAAGCAGUUGUUGAGCGAGCGUUUAUACCAUAUUAUUAAGCGUAGCCAUGGUGACCUAGCUAGUAAGAUCACUGGAAUGUUGUUGGAGAUUGACAACGCUGAGUUGCUUCACAUGUUGGAAUCCCCAGACUCAUUGAGUGCAAAGGUUGAGGAAGCUGUGAUUGUAUUGAAGGCACACCAGGCUAAGUACGUACAUGAUAUGACUCGUCACAAAGUUCAAAGGGCUGACACCUGUGUCCCUUCCACACAAGGAAUUCCUGCCGAUGUUCCACAACCAGCUGUCCCAGUUCCUUUGCAGGAGCCACUGACUCCAUACAGCCUGGCACAGGCCACCCCCCAGCAGCAGAAGCAGAUGUUGGGUGAGCGUUUAUACCACAUUAUUCAGCCUAGCCUUGGCGAUUCAGCUGGAAAAUUCACUGGAAUGUUGUUGGAAAUUGACAAUGCUGAGUUGCUCCACUUGUUGGAUUUCUGUGACUCCUUGAAUGCAAAGAUUCUUGAAGGUACGAUUGUGUUGGUGGCUCACCAAGCUAAGAAUCCACUAAAGCAGAAGCAGAUGCAGAUGUUGGGUGAGAGUUUAUACCACAUUAUUGAGCCUAGCUACAGUGAGCUAGCUGGUAAUAUCACUGGGAUGUUGUUGGAGCUUGACAAUUCUGAGUUGCUUGACAUGUUAGAAUCCUGUGACACAUUAAAUGCAAAGGUUGAGGAGGCUAGGAUUGUGUGGAAGGUUUACCAAACUAAGAAAUAUGGUGGUAAUUCUUCUGUGGUUGCUGUUGCAUGUUAAACAUCACGGCGCCGCGAGCAGCUCUACCAAGAGAUGGAUAUGUGCGCCUAAUAAGAUGACAUUAUUAUUAUUAUUAUUUGACAGUUAUUUGACAAUUUUAUAAUAUAAACACACCUACUAUCUUGAAGGAAUUUUCACAGGAUAUAUGAUCGUAACAAUCUCAAUACCAGUGAAAGGAUGUUUAAUUUUUUUGUCUAUAAGCUACUGAG